GUUUUAGUCGUUUUCAUCUCGCUCUUCUUCUGAAAGGCAGCUAGGGUUUUAAAAACGCUUCCCCUCAAAGUCUGCCUUCUUUUGGUCUCUCGCACACACAACUCAGAAAGAGAAAAGAAAAAAACAGAGACACACAGAGACAGAGAGAUGGGGAAGAAAGCAAAGGGUUCGCGAAAGGGAAAGAAAGCAUGGAGAGCAAACAUAAGCAGUGCAGACAUCGAAGACUUCUAUGAGAAAUCCACAAAAGACGCUCUCUCCGGUGGCUCUCUCUCCUCCGCUCCCAGCGACUCUCUCUUCUUCGUCGACAAGUCCACUGAUCUUUUGGUGAAGCGGAAGAUUGAAAAACAUAGGGAGAAAGUACUCCGCUGCGACAGCGUGCUACAGAAGAACCCUUUUGUUCAAGCAGUGCCGUCUUCAACACUGAAGAAACCUAAGAGAAAGCAGAUGGGGGUUUCAAAAACAAGUGAUGCUACUCAAGUUGGUACCAAGGAUGAUUCAGCUAUGGUUGACAUUUGGGAUGACAAAGGUGAAGACAACCGCAAGUCCAAAAAGAAAUUGAAACAUUCAGUUAUUCCAGCAGUAGAAGUUGAGCAUCCAGGUUGUUCAUUCAAUCCCUCAGAAGAAAGUCAUAAGGAUGUUUUGGCUCAUGCUGUUGCGGAAGAAAUGCAGAAAGUCUAUCAGAAUGAGUUGGGACCUAAGCCGGUCCCAUUAACUGUUCCUGGCAAAGUUAUUGAUGAAGAAGAGAUGUAUUUUAUUGACGCGGAUAAUGCAAGUGAUGAUGAUGAUGAUGAGAUGAAUGUGGAAAAUGAAAAUGAGGAUACUGCACAAGAGAAAAGAUCUAGCAAAAUAAAGAGGGUGACCCGAGUUGAGUUAAACAAGAGAGCUAGACGUAAAGAAAAGAUGAAAAAGGAAGCCGAGGCUAGAAAGAUGGAGGGAGUUUCUAAAGAAAUUGAUAGCAUACCUGAUAUCCUUCAGGAAAUAGCUAAAGAGGAUGAGGAGAAGCAGAAAAAACAUCUCCGGCGAGUUGUAGCCAAACAAGAAAGACUAAAAUCGUGUCCACCACGCUUGGGGAAGUACAAAUUUGAGCCUGCCCCAGUUCAGGUCCUAUUAUCUGAAGAAAUAACUGGAUCACUUCGCAAAUUGAAGGCUUGUUGCACACUUGCGAAGGACCGGUAUAAGAGCCUGGAAAAAAGAGGAUUGAUUAUCCCAACAGUCAAGAGCAGCAGGAAGUAGAGUGGUUUCGCUUUGGACAGACAGCAGUGCCUAGUUGUUGAUGAAGGAGAUCAUUACAGGCUUCACAAGACUGUUGGUCUUUAAAAACAGAGUGUUGGAUGGAGGACUACACUAUGGUGGAAUCAUCUAUAUAUGCAGCAGAGAUUUGCCGUUUUUCAUGUUUUCUUAUAUCGUCCUCAGUUUUGUGGUGGUUUCUUAACUUUACCAAGCUCUUCUGGUAAAAAAAAAAAUUCAGUUUUAUACUUUUAUUCACAUAAGGAUUAAUCAAAGGAAGUGUAACAUACUGAUUAUGCUUAAUAUGUAUUUAGGCUAAUGUUAUAUCAGAGCCAACAAUAGAUAAAGGUGUUUGUUUAAGGCCCUUUUUAUGUGGAACGUGAACACGUCUCUUGAAGUUUAAUUAUUUAUUUAUUUUUUAAAUUAUUUAA